AUGGCGAAGGCUGAUGCGGUGUUCGCGCUCAUGCGGGGCUUGUACGUCCUGCUCGCUGUCGUUGUAUUACGGUUCCUGUACAAAACAUAUGUUGAACGAAGUCGAGUAAGACGUUUGAAAGCCCAGGGAAUCCCCAUACUACCGCAUUCGCUAUUAUUCGGCCAUCUUCCCAUCUUUGCAGCCUUUCGCGGAGUUUGCCCUCCGGAUGUCAAUAUCUAUGAAUUCCAUUACUGGCUCGCCACGAAUGUCGGCAAGUACUUUCCGGGCCAUGAUAAAUUACCGCCGGUUAUUUACUUAGACCUUUGGCCUAUGUCGAGGUCUCUCGUGCUCGUAUUUGACCCCGUGGCCGCGGCCCAGUUCACGCAGGCCAAGAGUCUUCCGAAGGACUAUGUCACCACUGCUUACAUGCACCCGCUGACGCAGAACCUGGACAUCGUGUCUACGGAAGGAGAGCAGUGGAAGAAGUGGCGCUCGAUGUUCAACCCCGGAUUCAGCCAGCGGAACCUGACGGCUCUUCUCCCGGAACUCAUCGAAGAGGCCCAGAUAUUCGCAAAUGGGCUUAAAGAUAUGGCCGGUAAGGGUGGAGAGUGGGGGCCCGUUUUUCAGCUCGAGAAGAGAACGAUCAACCUGACUUUUGACAUCAUUGUCAGAGCAUCUGUAGAUUUGCGAUUGCAUGAGCAGUCGAAUCCAUCGACCAGCCCUUUCAAGGCUGCCUUGGUGGAACAACUUCGAUUGAUGGGGAAGCUGUCAAAGUCAAGCGCAUUGUAUUCUCUUCUGGCUCUCUGGCACCGGACAGCUCUCAAACGGAACAAUCGGACUAUGCGCGAAUUCCUACUUCCGCAGAUAGAAAAACGGUUACAUUCAGACGUCAACGCGAGCCAGAAGAAAACGAUUGUCGAUCUUGCGAUGAAGCACGUCGAUAAGGAGGAUGACGGUGCCUUUAAAGAAAAGCUCGACGAUGAUUUCGUCGAGAAACUCAUAGCGAAUCUGAAAGCGUUUAUGUUUGCCGGCCACGACACGACCUCGUCGACGAUCUGCUUCAUGUUAAAGUUACUGCAAGACAAUUCGGAGUGCUUGGCGAGGCUCCGGGCCGAGCAUGAUUCCGUUCUAGGGACUGACCCGGAAAAAGCCAUGGACACUCUGAUCGCAUCGCCUCACCUCUUGUACUCGCUCCCGUAUACCUUGGGUGUAAUUAAGGAGACACUAAGGUUGUUCCCCCUGGCGGCAACUGUCCGCGAUAGCGAUCACAUCCCAGGGUUCUUCAUUACCGUCCCGGGAUCGCCGACCAAGUAUCCUAUGGAAGGCUUCGGACCCUGGGUGGGAGCGCCCGGAGUGCAGCGCAAUCCCGACUACUGGCCGCGACCGAACGAAUGUUUACCGGAGCGCUGGAUGGCUGCUGAGGGUGAUCCGCUGUACGUUGCUACUAAGGAAGCCUGGAUACCGUUCUCUCUAGGGCCCAGAAACUGCGUGGGAAUGGAGCUGGCAAUGGUUGAACUGAGACUGGUCGCUAUAUUAAUAGCACGUACGUUUGACAUUGAGGAGGCAUGGGAAGAGUGGGACAAGAAGCAAGGACCUAAUGCGACUCCUACUCACAUUGUAAAUGGUAGACGCCUUUACGGUGUCGGGGAUGGGCCAGUCCAUCCGAAGGAUGGCAUGCCAGUGCAUGUAAGACUACGGAACCACGAGCCGUCCAUCUGAUAGCGGUCGACUGGGCUCGUCAAUAGUAUAUAGACACGAUGCUUGGUUUGGGAAUUCAAAGGUCUGGUCCCCAUUACUGUUGUACUUACACUCAGAUAUACAUACUGUAAAUUGGAAUAUUCGCUGGGACAUGUAGAUGUAGCUCAUCGUCGAUAUUCAUCUUGGCG